AUGGACCCCGGGGGGAGGAGUAUAUCUCUCUGCCCCAACCCUUCAUUCCUCCCGAAGGUUCUGUCAGACAGGUAUGUGAACAUCCCUAUUAUCCUGUCUGCUUACGACCCCUCCGGCAGUGGCGGGGGAGUCUGGGACGCUGUGCCCUGUGAGGGCACUGGCUGCCUAUGUGGAGCGGACACGGUCAGUGAGACAACAGACCAGCUCUUUGUCUGCUAUGACAACUGGCAUAAACGCCGCAAGACCGGCGGCAAACGCAAACCCUACCACAAGAAGAGGAAGUAUGAACUGGGUCGUCCCCCUGCAAACACCAAGAUCGGACCUCGCCGUAUUCACACGGUGAGGACCCGCGGCGGCAACAAGAAGUACCGUGCUUUGAGGGUCGACGUGGGRAACUUCUCAUGGGGCUCUGAGUGCUGCACUCGUAAGACCAGGCUCAUCGAUGUGGUGUACAACGCCUCGAACAACGAGUUGGUGAGAACCAAGACCUUGGUGAAGAACUGCAUCGUUCUCGUUGACAGCUUGCCUUACAGGCAGUGGUAUGAGGCCCACUUCGCCACUCCUCUGGGACGCAAGAAGGGAGCCAAGCUGACUCCCGAGGAGGAAGAGGUGAUCAACAAGAAGAGAUCUAAGAAGAUUCAGAAGAAGUUUGACGAGCGCAAGAAGAACUGCAAGAUCAGCCCUCUCCUGGAGGAACAGUUCAUGCAGGGGAAGCUCCUCGCCUGCAUUGCCUCCAAGCCCGGCCAGUGCGGCAGGGUGGAUGGCUACAUUUUGGAGGGCAAGGAGCUGGAGUUCUACCUGAGGAAGAUCAAGGCCAAGAAGGGCAAAUAGAUCUGCUGUUUGAUACCAUGUCAAUAAAAACACAAAAGUCCCA